UCACUGUCAGGUGGUUCCUGUGUAUUCCAACAGGGUAGGAAUGAAUUGACAUUGUAUUAACAAUAUUAGCCCUGGCAUUAAUGGGAAAAUUUGAGAAAAGCUUCUUGUUGAUAGGAGCAGGAUUAUGAAUGAAAAGUUGUUUUAAUGACCAUACAAUGUAUUUUGUAAUUAGAAAACAAUCACAAAUACUGAUAAUACUGGAGGAAUGAAUGAUUAUGUUGGAAAACAAAUAAUCUUUUAACAUUGGACGAUUGUAGCUUUGUGGUAUUUAAUUGGAAAUUAAUAUUGAGAAUGAAAUUGAUGUUAGUGUUAACCACAGCCAUCUUAGGGUGAGUUUAAUUCAUUCUUUGAGUUUUAGAGAAAGUGAAUUCUCAUUUAAAAUUCAUCCUUUCUCCUUGGAAAGUGGGCUUGAGCAAAUGAAUAGGAUGCUGUAUAUCCCAAGGGGAUCCUUGAAUUGUUAUUCUUAUUGCUACAAGAAUUGAAGGGCUAAUUAUUAGAAAUAAGUUCCCAUUGUCUUAACAGGAUUCAGUGCUUCUCAAAUAAAAUUCUAAGCUCCAUAAAAGUAGGAGGCAUAUCACAUUCUUUUGGUAUACUCCCCACCCUUCCACCACAGUUCUGAUAUAAGUGAUGUAUAUGGUAACUACCUAUAGUAGAUUACAAAUUAUAUAGAAUUACUUUACUGUUUUAUCAGUGUCUUACACACUCUUCAUUUCUUUGUUGCGGCCAGCCUCAUCCCUAUAAGCAAUGUAGGGAGCUAACUAGCUGGCAAGCAGAUGUAUGUUUGUGUUUCAGGAAUCAGUGACAUUCAAGGAUGUGGUUCCAGAUUUCACUUGGGAAGAACUGGUACAACUGGACCCUGUUGAGCAGAACCUAUACAGAGAUGUAUUGCUGGAGAACUAUAGGAACUUGGUUUUUCUUGGUCUUUCAGCUUCCAAGCCAGAAAUGGUCUCCCAAUUGGAACAUGGGGAAAUGCCAUGGAUGCUAGAAAGUGAAGCCCCCAGAGAUUCAGUCAUCAUUCCUGAAGCCAAGGCAUCAUUUGAAAAGUGGGAAACAUCUGUGGAAGGAUCACCUAAGGGAGCAAUAAUGAAAAGACCCAGAAAACUUAGUUCUUGGAACUUCAAACUGAAAGAAACUUUUCACUGUUAUGGCAGAUUAGUCAGGCAGCAAGGCCCCCAUGAGCAUUUGGAGCAAGAAACUGUUGUACAUGAGGAAAUUUCCAGUAAUGAGAAAGGCUUUGAGAGUAAUGAAUUUGAGAGAAGUUUCAACUUGAGACCAGUCUUAGAUACAGAACAAAUUCCUAUAGUAAAAAACAUGUAUAAAUAUGAUAUAUUUGGAAAAAACAUCAAAGAUAAUUUAGGGCUGCUUAAGUAUCAAAAGAUCCGGCCAGGAAAGAAACCUUUUGUAUAUAAAGAAUUUGGAAAAACCUUUAGUCACAUUUCGCAGCUUAAUCUUCAUCAUGACCAUCAUUCUGGUGAGAAACCCUGUACAUGUAAUGAAUGUAAGAAAAUUUUUACCAAGUGGAUAAACAGUGCUGAACAUCAGAGAAUUCAUUCUGAAGAAAACUUAGAUCAUUAUAAAUGUAAUGAGUGUAGUAAAGUCUUAACUAAGAAGUUAAAUCUUACUGAACAUCAGCAAAUUCAUUUUGGAGAGAAACCUUUUAAGUGUAAAGAAUGUGGGAAAACCUUCAAAUGGAUUUCACAAUUUAAUGUUCAUUAUACCCAUCAUUCUGGUGAGAUUCCCUUUACAUGUAGUGAAUGUAGGAAAGCCUUCAUCAAGUGGGCAAAUUUUACCGAACAUCAAAGAAUUCAUUCUAGAGAGAAACCUUAUAAAUGUAAUGAAUGUGAGAAAGUCUUUACUAAGCAGUCUAACCUUACUCAACACCAGCAUACUCAUUUUGCAUUGAAACCAUUUAAGUGUAAUGAAUGUGGAAAAGACUAUAGCUACCUUUCACAACUUAAUCUUCAUCAAAGAAUUCAUUCUGGAGAGAAACCUUAUAAAUGUAAUGAAUGUGGGAAAUCCUUUACCAAGCAGUCAAAUCUUAAUCAGCAUCAGCAUGCUCACAUAGGAUUGAAACCAUUUAAGUGUAAUGAAUGUGGAAAAGACUAUAGCUACCUUUCACAACUUAAUCUUCAUCAAAGAAUUCAUUCUGGAGAAAAGCCCUAUAAAUGUAAUGAAUGUGAAAAAGCCUUUACUAAGCGGGCCAAUUUAAAUCAGCAUCAGAAAAUUCACUCUGGAGAGAAACCAUAUAAAUGUAAUGAGUGUAAUAAAGCCUUUACCAAGCAGGCAAACCUGACUCGACAUCAUAGAAUUCAUUCUGGAGAAAAACCCUAUAAAUGUAAUGAGUGUGGCAAAGCAUUCACCCAGAGAGCACAUGUUACUCAACAUCAGAGAAUUCAUAUUAGAAAGAAACAUUAUUGAAAGUAUUGGUGGUCAGAAAAGUUUCAAUCUGAGAGCACAUUUUAAUCAGUAUAAAAGAAAUUGUAAUAAAGGGAAACUUUGUAAAUACAAUAACCUAUGAUUUUUUUUUUCAGAUUUCUUACUAUCAUACUUUACAAUUUAAACUAUGUUCUUAGUUCAGUUGUCUUGGGCCAAGAAAACAAGAUUCAUAACUGAAUUAUAGAACCAAAGAGCUAGCCAUUACUUUAAAGGCUAUUCCAUUUUAUCUACCUUGCCAGGGAUUCUUUUUACAGCAUCCCUUACAAGUGGGUUUUCCAUCUCCAUGCAGAUCUCUAAUGAGAACACACUGUCUUCCAAGGUAAUUUAUUCUACUUUUUGUAAACUCUUGUCAUUAAGAUUUUUUUUUUCC